CGGCACCCUCCACCUCCGCUCCAACACCCCCACACCCGUGCGCCUCAUCCACGUUUUCGCGAACAGCCGACAAAUCGCGCCCGAGCGCCCCCCCCCUCCCUGCACCACAUCAAGUAACUUUACAGCUCCGAGGUCCCCUCUGACAGUGCUCAGCACCCCUUCUCGUCCCCCACUCGCUGUGACCCCCCCCCCAUCCUCGAGACGCUCAUUUAGGCGGCCGCCGCGCCUCUCCCAGCGCCACAUUCCCCGCCGCUCCGUCACCGAGUCGACACUGGAGCGCGCUGGUCGCUCCGCGCCGUGCGAUCCCUGCGUCUCGGCACCACGCGACCCCUAGGCGACUGACACCGCUCAGAGUGCCGGACUCAACCGCGGCAUCCAUCGCAGGACCAGCAGGAGGGAGGAGGGCGCUGCUUGUUAGCCGAAGCUCUCCUCCGCUCGCUCACUCUACGCGCGCUCCGACGCCCCCCCCCCCAACCCCGAAACGCGACUCCGCUGGGGAGAACCGAACGUGGAGACGAAGAGGAAGACGCUCGCGUCCAAUGAAUGCCGCCGCCGUCUUCCCGUGGGACCUGCUGGGCCCGAGUCCGGUCGGUGUGGAGCCAUUGCGGGCGGCCGCUCUGCGACUCGCGCCGCGACCGCCGCCUCCAGACGGCGGUAGCGGCGCGAGUCCCGCAGCCUUCCCACGCCACGUGGGGCCGCAGAGAGGACGAGGGGAGAAGCGCAAGCUGCGAAAGGCCCUGGUGGAGAAGGACAGACGGCACCGCAUGAACGAGAGCUUCCACGAGCUCAAGCAGCUCAUGCUGCGUCUCUGCGACGGCGGGGCGGAAGCAGCAACAAAGAAGCAGCAGCAGCAGGCGCAGGCGUGCGCCUCACAGCAGCAGCAGGACCGCAGGCUGGAGAAGGCGGAUGUCCUGGAAGGAGCCGUCGCUUUCAUCCGCUCGUCCAUCCUGGCUGUGCAGGAUCGCGGCCUGGAUGCGCUCACAGUGCAGCCACAGCAGCCAGGCGUAGCCGCUCUCCAGCAGCAGCUGGAGGCAGCUACGAAGCCUCCUGGCGCAGCGCGGACACGCGUCCCAACGCCGGCCUCGUCCCCGGCCUCCCCGGACCUCGCUACCGAGCAGGUGGCGCGCGGGCCCCACGGAUGCGAGCAGCAGCAGCGGCAGCGGCACGGGAGAGGAGGAGCCGUGAAGGUGCUGAAGGCGGAGCUGGGAGUCGGCGUGUGGAGGCCAUGGUGACGCUGUGGUCGAGGCAGGCCUUGACUGAGGCGUGCGUAAUGGGUGCGCAUCAUCACGACUAUGACUACUACAAUACUACUACAGUACUACUAGUUGUACUACUACUACAAGUAGUACAACUACUCGUGGUGGCUUCACGACGGCCUCGCCGUGCGCGCGAUGCGAGUCCCUGCAGGGCACGCGGUGCCCGUGUCGCAUUUCUCUUUCACUUCAUCUAUGAAACGUCUGUAACUUCUUAAGUUCAAGUUUUACUUCAUAUCCACAACUUACGUUAAACUAUUCCAUAUAUCAUCAAUAUAUAAUAUCUGUUAAAUCACUCUCCUAAAUAUCUGUAAUUUCCCCAUAUCUGUUGGUACUGUUAUCUGCUGCCCAUUAGCCUUUAUUUAUUUUUGAUAAUUUAUAUUGAAUAUUUUAUUUUUGAGAGCUUGUAUGACAGCAUGCCUUUUAAUAAAAUUUUAUAGUCUGC